AUGGAGGAGAAGAGCGGCUCCUCAUGGCGUCUGCAGAGUGGUUCAUAUCUGGGAGAAGUCUCGGCCCUCUGUUUCCUUCACCCACCUGCUCACCUCUCUCAUCAGCUUCCUUACUUGGUGGCCGGGUCGGGUUCGCAAAUCUUGGUCUAUGAAUUGGAGCAGGGAACUAUGUUGAGAUCCUUGGACGUUUUCCAAGGCAUUCGCGUGCAAGGCAUUUGCUGCGGCAGCGGCGCUGUGAUUGGCGACGACGGAAGUAUUGGUUUCGAUAUGGCUGUGUUUGGGGAGAGGAGAGUGAAGAUGUUUAGAUUGGAGAUUGAUUUGGGGCAGCAGCAACAAGUCUUGGAUGUUUGUUUGAGGCUGUUGCAGUUGUUGCCUAGCUUUGGGAACUGGGUCUUGGAUGUUUCCUUCAUCAAGCAUGGGGGAGGUGAAUGUGUUGCUGUUGGGUGCAGUGACAACUCUGUUCAUGUUUGGGAUGUAGCUAGUUGUAAUGUGGUUCUUCAUGUUCAGCAUCCUGAGAGGACUCUUCUGUAUUCAAUGCGGUUAUGGGGUGAAACUCUUGAAGCUCUGCGCAUUGCAUCCGGUACUAUCUAUAAUCAGGUGAUCAUUGUUUGGAAAGUGGCUCCUGAGUCUGAAGCAUCAUGUUUGACAAGCCAAGUUGAACACCGUAUUGAUCAAAGUAAUUCACUCUCAAAUGGUGUUCAGCUUCCUAAUUGUCAGUAUGAAGUUAUACAUAUCAGCAAACUUGCAGGACAUGAAGGUUCAAUAUUUCGCCUAUCGUGGUCCUCUAAUGGAUCAAAACUGGUUUCCGUAUCUGACGAUCGUAGUGCUCGUGUCUGGGCAGUUUGUACUGAAACAAAGCAUUCUAAGAAGCCAGCAGACUCCAUUGAACUUAUGUUGUUUGGUCACAGUGCCCGAGUUUGGGACUGCUGCAUUCUUGGAUCGUUAAUUGUCACAGCUGGUGAGGAUUGUACUUGUCGCGUGUGGGGGCUGGAUGGUAAGCACCUGGAGACAAUCAAGGAGCACACAGGAAGGGGCAUAUGGCGAUGUUUGUAUGAUCCAAAAUCUUCGCUUCUAAUUACUGCGGGCUUUGACUCUGCAAUUAAAGUACAUCAGCUGCACAUUUCAUACUCUGGGGGAUUAGACGGACUUGCAGAGACAAAACAAAUUGAUGGAAUAUUUACAUACACAACUCGUAUCCCUACAUUAUGUGAGAAUAUUGGACCUAUGGACAGCAAAAGUGAAUAUGUUCGUUGCUUGCGAUUUACAUGUGAGGACACCCUUUAUGUUGCCACAAACCAUGGUUAUUUGUACCAUGCUAAGCUAUUGGAUACUGGAGAAGUAGAAUGGACGAAACUCGUUCGCGUCAGUGACGAGGUCCCAAUUGUUUGCAUGGAUUUAUUGUCAGAAUCAUUCAAUCUUUCUUCGGGUGUUAAGGAUUGGAUCGCUGUUGGAGAUGGUAAAGGAAACAUGACAGUUGUUGGGGUUAUGUAUGGUGCUUCUGCCCCAAAAGUGGGUUUUGCUUUUACUUGGUCAGCUGGAAAAGAAAGACAACUCCUUGGAGCACAUUGGUGCCAAUCAGUAGGUUAUGGGUACAUCUUCACUGCUGAUCAUAGAGGAACGCUGAAGCUCUGGAGUCUGUGUCACUGCUCUGCAAAGAGCUGUGAUGUGUCUCUCUUAGCUGAAUUCACAUCAAGUUUCGGAAGUAGAAUUAUGUGUUUAGAUGCAUCAUUAGAGGAAGAGGUAUUGGUAUGUGGAGAUAUACGUGGAAAUCUUCUUUUGUUCCCUUUGUUGAAGAGUGUGUUGCUGGGCACAUUGGUUGCUGAUGAUAACAUAUCUCCAUCAAGUUGUUUCAAAGGUGCUCAUGGGAUAUCAAGCAUCUCCAGUGUUGCUGUUGGUAGACUAAGUUCUAAUCAGAUAGAAAUAUGCUCGACAGGAGCAGAUGGGUGUAUAUGCUAUCUGGAAUAUGACAAAGAUAGGAAGGAUUUGGAAUUCAUAGGGAUGAAACAAGUGAAGGAGUUGAGUCUUAUUCAAUCUGUCUCUGCGUGCAAUAGCUCUGUGACCAAGCUGUCAAAUUCUCGUUACGCUGCUGGUUUUGCAUCAGUGGAUUUUAUAAUUUGGAAUUUAUUAACUGAGACCAAGGUCAUCCAAAUUCCAUGUGGUGGAUGGCGGCGUCCUCAUUCCUAUUAUCUUGGUGAUGUACCAGAGAUAAAGAACUGCUUUGCAUAUGUUAAGGAUGAUAUCAUUUAUAUUCAUCGACACUGGGUACUGGAUGGUGACAGGAAGGCACUCUCUAGGAAUUUGCAUAUGCAAUUCCAUGGGAGAGAGAUGCAUUCCAUAUGCUUUGUCUCAGAGGAAUUGCAACAUGGAGUAAUUGGGAAGGACCGUCUGUCCAAUAGAUCUAGUUGGAUUGCAACUGGUUGUGAAGAUGGAACUGUCAGGUUGACUAGGUAUAUGCCAGGUGUUGAGAAUUGGUCUGGAUCAAAAUUGCUUGGGGAGCAUGUUGGUGGAUCAGCUGUGAGAUCAAUAUGCUCUGUGUCAAAGAUAAACAUACUUCCAUCAGAUAUGACGAGCUAUCUCAAUAUGAGAACUCGUGACAAUGAAGCAACAGAGAAUAGAGAAACUCCGGCUUUAUUGAUUUCUGUUGGUGCAAAGCGGGUUUUGACUUCAUGGCUACUAAGAAAUAGGAAAGUAGACAAGAAGGAAGAAAUAGUAUGUGAUCUGCAGCAUGACAACACUGGAAAUGGCAAUACAUGUCUGUCCCCAGAGUCACCUUCAAUGUCAUUCCAGUGGCUAUCUACAGAUAUGCCAGCAAAAUAUUCUAGUAUUCAAAAAGUUCCAAACAUUGAGAAAAGAGUUGAUCAAGCUGGGGACGUUUCUGAUGGGAAAGAUGCAGCAUCAGAAAAGGGAAACAAAGAGUUGAACCUCAUUAAGGAUAAAUAUGAAGAUGACUGGAGAUACAUGGCUGUUACUGCCUUCCUAGUGAAAUGUGUCAAUUCCAGGAUAACCGUCUGUUUUAUUGGUGUCGCUUGUUCUGAUGCCACCCUUGCAUUACGGGCUCUAGUUUUGCCUUAUAGGCUAUGGUUUGAUGUUGCUUUUCUGUGUCCUCUAUCAUCACCAGUUUUAUCCCUACAGCAUGUCAUCCUUCCUGCAUGUCUACCUUCUGAAGGCAAUUGGCAGAUUGGAAGUUUGUAUAUCCUCAUCAGUGGGGCUACUGAUGGAAGUAUUGCCUUUUGGGACCUGACUAAAAGCAUUGAAGCUUUUAUGCAGCUGGUAUCAGUACUUGAUGUAGAAAAGUUCAUUGACUGUCAGAAACGGCCGAGAACAGGGAGGGGAAGUCAAGGUGGACGAUGGUGGAGAUCUCUAGGCAGUAGCAUGUCCCGGAAUAGGCAAGGUGCCAGUUCCACCGCUGUUAAAGCUGGAGUGGGAACCGAUGAAAAGCCAAAACAUUCUGGAACUUCAUCAAUGCUAAAUGAUCAUGGGAGCAGUAGAACGGCUUCUUCACAUGCUACUCAUACUGCUUCACUAGAUUCAGAAACAAGUGCUUAUGAUUCCUCAUCGGACAUAUGUGAAAUAUCACCUUUAUUUGUCUUCAAGGCCAUUCAUCUAUCUGGUGUCAAUUCUCUCUAUGUUUCAGAUGUAGAGGGUUGUCAAAGUCCUGAAAUCGGUUUUCUCUAUAAUUUGAUUAGUGGGGGUGAUGAUCAAGCCCUUAGUUGUCUCACAUUUGAAUUAUCAGUGUCAACAUCAAGCUCUGAAUUUGAUAAUAUGACACUGGAAAUAAAAAAUUCAAUCUCUGAAUCUGGAAAUGCAAAGAAGUUAAUUCAUUGUAACCAAGACAAGAACUAUUGGAUCCGAUUCUUAAAUCAUGAUAAAGUCCCCUCAGCUCACAGCUCUGCCGUAAAAGGUGUUUGGACAGACGGAUCUUGGGUUUUUUCAACUGGUCUAGAUCAGCGUGUCAGGUGCUGGCGUCUCCAGGAGGAAGGUAAAUUAAUCGAGUAUGCUUAUCUGGUCAUCAGUGUGCCAGAGCCAGAAGCUCUGGAUGCUAAACUGUGUGGCAGGAACAAAUAUCAGAUUGCAGUAGCUGGGAGGGGAAUGCAAAUGCUGGAGUUCUCUGAAAUAUCUGGCAUCAGUUAAUCCACCCCAAUAAUAAAGCUCUGCUGUGUUGAUAAUGGGUAUAGCCUUACCUUUAAACUAUUUCAGAAUCAAAGUUUCGUCGGAAUGUUGAGGGACCUGGUUUGGUCGGGUUUGUGGACUUUACGGUACGGAUUUAGUCCACAAAAUAGCUCAAGUUUUCAUUCGUGGAUUAGCUACUGCUUGU